CUGAAUGUAAUAUUUGUCAUUCAAACCACAUUACACACAUGUAUUCUACUUAUUUUACUAGUCUAGUAGUAACGCUACACCACUGCGUUUUCUGCGCGCAAACAAGCGCUCCCCAAGCGGGGCACCGCCCCUCCCACUUCUGCUAAGAGAAAGCGCUACCUUGCUGAAAGCCAGGCCAGAGAAGAAAAUGGAUGUGUGACCAGCGCUAACAGAGCGAGGAGAAAGCGAGAAAGAGGCUUCCUAUCACCUGUUGCAGCCCAGGAACUGGAGCCUAGGGCAGGAAAGCCCGCAAGCAUACACGUUGUGUCAUGAUGUCGGAUCCACAGGCGAAAGGAGCUACAGGUACAGAGGAACACAAGCCAGAGGUCACAACAGGACACAUGUCCAGUAAUACUCAACAGGUACAAGGUGGAGUAUCUAUGUCUUCGCCUGUGGCCUCCAUACAGCCUCCCGCCACCACAGCAACGGAGGAUGAGGAUGAGAGUGAAGAUGAGUCAGAAAUCCUGGAAGAGAGUCCCUGUGGCCGCUGGCAGAAACGCAGAGAGGAGGUGAAUCAGCGUAAUGUCCCAGGGAUAGAUGCUGCGUACUUGGCCAUGGACACAGAGGAAGGGGUAGAGGUAGUUUGGAAUGAAGUCAUGAUCUCAGAGCGAAAGAACUUCAAACUUCUGGAGGAGAAAGUGAAGGCAGUAUUUGAUAACCUGAUCCAUUUGGAACAUGCAAAUAUUGUCAAGUUUCACAAGUACUGGGCUGACACGAAGGAGAACCGGGCCAGGGUGAUUUUCAUUACUGAAUAUAUGUCAUCAGGAAGCUUGAAGCAGUUUCUAAAGAAGACAAAGAAGAAUCACAAAACCAUGAAUGAAAAGGCUUGGAAGAGAUGGUGCACACAGAUCCUGUCUGCUCUCAGUUAUCUCCACUCAUGUGACCCUCCCAUCAUCCAUGGCAACCUGACCUGUGACACUAUCUUCAUCCAACACAACGGGCUCAUCAAGAUCGGAUCAGUUGCCCCAGACACCAUCAACAACCAUGUGAAGACGUGUCAUGAGGAACAGAAGAACUUGCACUUCUUUGCCCCAGAAUAUGGAGCUGUUGAUGAUGUCACCACGGCUGUAGACAUCUAUUCAUUUGGCAUGUGUGCCCUAGAGAUGGCACUCUUGGAAAUCCAGGGGAAUGGAGAGUCCUCUUAUGUUUCUCAGGAGGCCAUUAACAAUGCCAUACAGUUACUGGAGGACCCACUGCAGAGGGAGUUCAUCCAGAAGUGCCUCGAGUGUGAUCCCAGUACAAGGCCUACAGCCCGAGAGCUGCUGUUUAACCAGGCUCUGUUUGAAGUACCGCUGCUAAAACUGCUGGCUGCACAUUGUAUUGUCAGUCACCAACACAUGAUUCCUGAAAAUGCCCUGGAGGAGAUUACCAAGAACCUGGACCCCAACCUGGUCAUCGCUGAGACGAAAGAAGACGUUCAGCUCAAACUUUCACAGUUUCCUGCCUUGGAGCUCGAUAAGUUCCUGGAGGAUGUGAGGAACGGUAUUUAUCCAAUGACAGCGUUCGGGCUGCCCUGUCCUCAGCAGCCCCAACAGGAGACUGUUAAAUCUCCCAUUGUUAUCCCCUUGGUUAAAUCCCCCACCCCCGAACCUGCAGAGCUCGAGACACGGCGGGUCAUUCAUAUGCAGUGUAACGUUGAAAAUAUCGAGGAGGGAGCAAAGUAUCAUCUAACAUUACUGCUGAAACUGGAGGAUAAACUAAAUAGACAUCUAAGCUGUGACAUGUUACCAAAUGAGAAUAUUCAAGAGUUGGCUGGAGAGUUGGUGGAGCUGGGUUUAAUCAGUGAGGUGGACCAAAACAAAAUAGCCUCUCUACUAGAAGAAACAUUCAGCCAAGCUCUUCAAUAGUGACAGUUUCCCCGACUGUCUCCUCAUAAGUACAUUCUCUCAAUGUUCUUUUUGGUUACUCAACACAGUGAUUGUAUUUAGUGUUUUUUAUCUUUUCUACUAAGACUUAGGUGGUAAUGUGACCAGGGUUUCUCCUUUGCAUUAGGGAUUAAAACCUCAUAAAAGCACACGAAACCUUUAACAUAAAGCUGAGUCCAGGUGACUCCAAAGAAGCCACCUGGAGUGAUUUCACAUUUUGAUUGAAAAGUCAAAACAUACAUAUGUGUGGAAGAGUACUGACUAGAUUACUUUCAACAUUACAUUGAAACCCACUUUUUCUCAAGCGCACAGUUGUAUUUUAGUGUGAGGUGUUUAUAUUAUGAAUUGCCUGGCCUGUUUGUGUCAGGAUGAGAUGGUCUAAAACAUAAUCAGGCCUUCACUGGAGUCACACCACAUUUUAACUCACCUCUCGCUUCUGUUGUACUACUAAUUUUAAUCUUUGGAUCUACACCUGUUGACCACCAGCAAAACUACAGCUUCCCUAGAGAUGAAUGGAUACAUUUCUACCCAAAGAAAAUCUUGCAAAAUAAGCCAAGCCAUUCUUUCUGGAUCCUCAUUUCUCAAAUUUGGCUCCUUUUUGUUUUGCCUCAUAUGACAGAACAUUCCCAGCUCUUUGACUUUUGUGAUGUGUUUGACCAAACUGUCUCCUAUCAGGUUAAAUAUAUGUUAUAGUUUUAAAACUGGAUGGCAGAGAUGCAACUUUCUCAGUUGACUUUAUAAUAGACAAAUACCCAUGAGUAAUAUUUUUUAAAAAGCCUUUGAUACAUAACAAAAUGUAUGAGCACCACUGCAUAUCACAUUUUGGGCAGGCAUCAUGCCAAUUCUCUCUGGAAAAAUGGAUACCUGGUUACUUUGAGGUACUGUGAACUCUGUGUUACUGAAUUUCCGUUUGUGUGUUUUUUUUAUUUUGCUCUACUCUUAUUCUGGGCCUACGCACAUGCCUUAAAGUCCUCAUUUCUAAGGUGUAUUUUUUUUUUAAUUCAUUGUUUUACCAUUUGCUGCUUGUUGGGUUCACACAAGCUACUCUGCCUUUUAAAAUUCAUGCAUGUGAGUCUUGUGUACUGAACUCCGCUGCCAUAUACUGUAGAAAGAGGACUAAGUCUUUUCCUGAUACAUCUGUGUGAGAGUGUCAUAUGUUUUAUUUAUGUUACAGAUAGUGUAUAUCAUGUGUUUUUCUUUACUUACUACCCUUUUGUUGACUGAUUUCACACAGAGACCACAUUGUUGAGAGUCUGAGCCAAUACAAUACUUUUCUUGUUUCUAUUUCUAUUGUUUUCAUUUGAUCACCAUUUGAUAAAACUGGGACAUUAUCCUUCACAGAGUGCAGAGACUUGAAUACACAAUUUUACAUCAUACAGGUCUUGUUCAGACUUGUAGUGAGAUCAGGAAGUUGCCUGUGGCCUUUUUUGUGACAUUUUGGCUCAGAACUCUUUGUGGACUCCUGGUACUACUGUGACUGAAAGCUCAUACAAUUAUAGGACCUUAAACAGACAGUAAGAAUGCAAAGAAAAUAUAACAUUCUCAGUAUGUAUAGAAAAAACAAAACAACAGUUAAGAUACUUUUGGAUACAAUACAUUAACUUUGUUCUGGCAUUUUAUUGAGAUUAUAGUUUUGGAUUAAGUGUCUCAUAAUAGCACAUCACAGUAGCAGUUUAAUUGAACUACUAGCUUGAAGACAGAGCUUUCCUCUGAUGCUGGUUGUUGAGUUAUAAUGCUCACCUCACUAGUGAGAUCAUAUUAAUCCAAUGAUCUCUACUGAAGUAUUUUUUAAAUGUAUUCAGGCUAUUAUUGUGCUCCAAUCUGCAGUGUUGCUAUACAAAAUGUGUGUAGUCCUUAAUGUAUUGUUUACUUUAUUUUCCUCUGUGUGUAUGUCUGUUUGUGAACUGCUAAGAUUGUAUAUUCCAAAGAUGUGUUUUUAAAGUCAGCUAGGAGAAUGUAAGUGUACUACUUCUUGUAUAGAGAAGUGGUAAAAACCAACCAAUGUGAUCACCAGAGCAGCUUUAUACUCUCUCUAUGUACUUUUUCACCCAAAUUAUUGGUGGUGUUGAAACUGGUUAUUAAAUAAUCUUUGGGGUGGGCAGCUUUAGCCUGUCACUCAAGGAUGUGUGGGUAUAUUUGGAUAUUCUUAUAUUUUGUAUAUGACAUGAAUGUCAGUAAAUGUGUGUGUCUUUUCUGAGACUUGUAUACUGACAACAUCUGCAAGGUGUAACUUCUUUCAAAUAAAUGUGUUAAAUGCU